UCCGUAUGGAAUAUUUUUGAUCUAUUAUUUUAGCUCAUGAAACCUAGGACCAACACUUUUUUGCAUUUAUAUUUUUGUUCAAUGUAGACGCCUGGCUCAAAUAGAAGCCUGUCUCUAAUAAACGCCUAUUGUGUAGAGUGAUUUAAGAAAAUAAAUGCUGCCCAUUAAUUUAAGUUUUAUGGUAAUUUAAGACUACUAGCCUUGUUAGUUGAGUGUUUUGACUUUUGGCUAAUAAUGCAUAAUUGUGUGUUCUUCAUCUUUGCAUAGCAGCCUAAGUCUGCAGUGUUGUGUGUGUGUGUGUGUGUGUGUGUGUGUGUGUGUGUGUGUGUGUGUAGGCUGUUAUGGUCCCGGGACACACUCUUUUCAUGGCACUUCGAUACCAAGUGAUUUCCGUAGAAGAAGUGAUUUACAUUAGAGGCACUUUAGUCAACAAGAUGAAGAUCAAACAACAUGCAAAAACUAAACCACUGCACACAAAAAAUAAGGGGACUGAACGCCAUGGAAACCUGGGUAUAACAUACACAGAACAUGACCCACAGUCAGGCGAUGACUCCACCGGCAGAGAUGAAUCAGACUUUACCCAAGCCCUCUCAAAGAGCACCAGUUCAAAUCAACAUUCAGAUUCUAGUCCACUCCACAAGGAUCCUGUGGUAGUGCUAACCAGGUUGGCUGAUGUGGUGGUUAAGACACUUCUGAGAGACAUUAAAGUGUGUUUGGUGAAGGAGGAGACUGAUGCCAAGAGGGAUGAAUGCAACAAUGGAGUUUCUUCUCAGUUUUUUCCUUGUCCACACUGCACCAUCUCCUUCACUGACUGUUACUUCCUGGAGAACCACAUCAAGACCAAACACCAGAAGCAGUACCUGGCCAUGUUGAAAAGCCAAGUCUCAAAGAGUAAAACCGUGUACGGCCCCACACACAGCUGUCCCCACUGUAGCUGCAUGUUCCAUACACCACGACAGCUAUACAUACACACCCGCAAGGCCCACCCCUCUGCCCUUCCCCAGAAACCUGCCCCUCCCCAGAAACCUGCCCGUCCCCACAGGGUUCAGGAGAAGUUCCACACCUGCCCGCAGUGUUCCCGCAGAUUCAAGUACCUGGGCAGCCUGCUGAAGCACUGCAAGAGUUUGCACAAAAUGGCCGUUGCUCUCACCGAAGGACACAUCAGUUGCGCGGACUGUGGGAAGAGCUUUGAGAAUUGCUGGGGCCUGGGGCCUCACCGGUGUCACGAACCAGAGGGUUCUAAACCUAAGGACACUAAGCCUGUGAUCUGUCUGGAAGUCGGCUUCCAAUGCUUAGAGUGUGGCAAGAUCCUCACUACUCCUACGAACCUGAACGCUCACAUGCGCAUCCACACCGGAGAGAAGCCUUAUGUCUGCAAGGAGUGCGGCAAGCGCUUCUCAGGUACCAGCGCUUACCGUUAUCACUUGUUAAUACACAAUGGGGUCAAGCCAUUCAAAUGCCAGGACUGCGGGAAGUCUUUCAAACAGAAGUCACUCCUCAGGAAACACAUGACUGUUCACUCUGGUGAGAGGAAGUACUCUUGCUCCCAAUGUGACAGGCAGUUUGCAUACAGGGAGAGUCUGAAGCUUCACCUGCGCACGCACUCAGGGGAGAGACCUUUCAAAUGUACGGUGUGUGGUAAAGACUUUGCUGACAAAGGUUAUCUGCAAACUCAUCUGAAGAUCCACAGCAACCAGAAAAACUACCAUUGUGGGGUUUGUGGGCAGAAGUUCAUAAGGAUUGGGGUGCUGAACACACACCUGCGCUCACACACCGGGGAGAGGCCUUACCACUGCACAGUGUGUGACAAGCAAUUUUCCCGACUCGAUCACCUGAAGAACCACCAGCGCACUCACACAGGUGAGAAACCAUACACCUGUACAGAGUGUGGUAAAAGCUUCACUCAGUCUGGAGAUCUGGCCAAACACAAGCGCCUCCACACUGGGGAGAGGCCAUUUGAAUGUUCUGAAUGCCACAAACGGUUUAUCUGCUCUGCUUCUCUGACCCUGCACAUGAGGACCCACACUCACCGUGAUGUAAAGCCAUACUCCUGCCAAGAGUGUGGGAAGAGCUUUUAUGAACAGAGUCACGUUAAAGUCCACAUGAAAAUCCACAAGGGGAAACCGUAUUCCUGCCCCCACUGCUUUGCCAGCUUUGCUCGCAAGUCCAACCUCUCCAAACACCUGCUUAGAUGUCGUAAACCUAAAUGAUUAUGCUGUAUAUUUUUAACAUGACACCUUUUUAUGAAACUCAGUUACUCUUGUGAAUUAAUAGGAGGGGCGUCUGAUCUCUUUAGUCAGUGAUAGAUGUAUGACAACAAAUGCUAAUGAAAUUUUGCUCCCCUGUUUAUGGUAACGCCACAAUGUUUUAGCAAUCCUCCAGUUGGGUCACACAGUGAACUCCAAAAGUAUUGGGACAGUGACAUGUUUUGGCUCUGUACUCCAGCACUUUGGAUUUGAAAUGAUACAAUGACUGAGGUUAAAGUGCAGACUGUCAGCUUUAUUUUGAGGGUAUUUUCAUACAUAGCUGGUGAACCGUUUGGAAAGAACAGCACUUUUUGUACAUAUUCCCCCCCCACCCCAUUUUAAGGGAACCAAAAGUAUUGGGACUAAUUCACUUAUGUGUAGUAAAGUAGUCAAAAGUGUAUUAUUUGGUCCCAUAUUCAUAGCACGCAAUGCUUACAUCACGCUUGUGACUCUGGAUGCCUUUGCGGUUUGUUUCGGUUGUGUUUCAGAGUGUUUUGUCCCCAAUAGAAAUGAAUGCUAAAUAUUGUGUAGUGUCACUUUUAUUGUAAAUAAGAAUAUAAUGUUUCUAAACACUUCCAAAGUUACAGGAAUUAAUAUAAUCCCCCCCCCCCCCCUCCAUAAAACAAAUAUCCUAACCUCCCCUGUUAUUGUAAUGGUGAGAGGUUAGCAUGUCUUGUGGGUAUGAUAUUCACGAUUCACUCAGGACUAUCCGUAAUCAUGGUAGCAUCCAACAAGUUUGUAGGGUAACAAACUUGAUGUAAUCAUUGCGUGAUAGGAAUAUGGGACCAAAUACAAAACUUUAGACUAAUUUUAAAACACAAGUGAAUUUGUCCUAAUACUUUUGGUCCCCUAAAAUGGGGGGACUAUGUUCAAAAAGUGGUGUAAUUUCUAAACAGUUCAUAUGGAUGAAAAAACUCAAAUUAAAGCUUGACAGUCUGCACUUUAACCUCAGUCAUUGA